UCAUAGGUGGCAGUUGCCAUGCAUGUCAAAUCAAAACAAAAACCAAAGCACUGAAAGCAGCUUCUUACAAAAUCAACAUGCGAAAUACGACAAAUAACGAAAAUCUCAGCACAAAUACACCCACCAGCAAAAGUGGGAUAAAAACGCUUCCUGAUAAAUAUUAUUACCUGGAUGUCCAAGUAGAAUUCGAAGAGACCACGGGGAAAAAACAACCUGUCUUUACAAAAGAAUUAAUUAAACUAUCUGUCUCAAAUGCAAUUAAAAAAUUGUAUGGAGAGCUUGGAAGUGCAGCAACAAUUGAUGUUAUUUUUCUAGACCAGGCUACUAAAAGAAUUAUUCUCAGGUGUCCAAGUUGUUUUUAUGUAAAACUUCAUAGUUCCCUCACUUUAGCUACUCACUAUGAAGGCCAUGAUUGCUAUUUUCAAGUCCACAAAGCCUCAAGCACACUUAUCAGUUUAGAUUGUCACAGUCGAACCUACAGUUUUUCAAAGGAAGAUCAACAAUUGUGAAAAAUACAUGAUCAUGUUUUUUUUUGUAAA